AGCCAUGCUGGCUCAAGCCGCUUCGGCUUUGGAGGAGCCGUUCCGGUUUAUGGCCUUGCGCUGCCGCGGGGCAGAUCAUCGAACGAAUCUUUGCAUCACCGCUGGGUUCUGUGCCAUGGGAACCAGGGAGCGUCGGCUGCCGCCGGCAUCCAGCCAAGAAAGGGUAGAGAGCUAUGUUUCUCGCAUGGCCUCGCAGUUCCCCGCGAGCUAUGCCUUCGCCACCCUGGUGCCAUGGAGCUCUCCGCAGCGACCUAGCAAGCUCAUCACACCAGACUCCGCGCAUGAGGGCCAUUGGGAUUCAGAGGAGAUCGCGUCCCUGACCUCCGAGUGCACCAGCUUGCUGGUGCCAUGCACGUUCGAAACGCGCUACGAGAAGCGCGUGAUGAAUAAGUUGUUGGAACAGCUCGAGCCGCACCGUGACAUGGCCGUGUUCAUGCUGCAAUUACUUGAGGUCCCGGGUGAAAUGAGCCGAGAGUACGUGCAGACGGUCAUGACGCGCCACGACGCGCUCCUGGCCAUCGGUGCCAACGCUGUGCUGUUGGAUCCCGGUGACACUCCAGAUGGGCUGCUGCGGAGUCUCGACCAAGAGAAGGCUUGGUUCGAAGCGAAUGCGCGGCGUGCAAAGUCGAUGAUCGAUUUCAACGACGAGCAUUUCCAGUCGAUACUGGACUAUCACCACGAGCUGCUAUGGGAGAACGUCCCGAAAGCUCUGAUGCCCAAAUUCGACCCCAUCGAUCCCAAUCUCGUGGAGACGGCCAACAGGGUGGGCGAUUACCAGAUGACCAAUCGUUUCCACGCAAGGAGCGGAAAAGACAUUCUGCUUGCCGAUGGGAGCGGGUUCGAGAAAGUCGUCCUCAAGGUCUACGACAAGUCGGACCACGUGUCUGCCGGAGACCUGGAGCGCAUCCACCGCGAGCUGCGGUUCCUGAGGGACGUGCUGAGGCAUCCGCACGUCGUCCGCUGCACCAGAAUGUGCCACAGCUUCUCCCGGGUGUACUUGGUCCUCGGAUUCGGGGGCACGCAGAAUAUGCACCAGCGCCUCUUGGACCAGCCAGGGUACCGCCUCGAUCUGGAGGAUGCUGUGGACUGCACAAUGCAGAUAGCAGGAGCGCUGGCCUACUGUCACUCACAGGACAUCGUGCACAGACAGGUGUCUCUGGAGCACAUCGUCGUGGAGGACCAGUCUGAAACGCCCUUCUGCCGCUUGGUGGACUUCAACCAGGCGACGCGCUGCCCAGAGUCGACGCUGCUGACCACGCCGAGCGGAGACCUGCCGUGCAUCGCUCCGGAGGUGGCCCUGGACGAGUCGUACGCCGCCAAGCCUGCGGACUGCUGGAGUCUCGGGGUGGUGCUCCUCGAGGCCGCCGGGGGCCUGGGCUCGAUGCGGCAAGCGGUCGGCUGGCCGGAGGAGGCGGAGCUGGAGCCCACGGCCAGAAGGAUCAAGAAUUUCUUCUCCGGCGAGGGAAGCCACGCUCGCGCAUUGGCGGUCAUGGGCGGCGUGCGCAGCGAGCCGGUGCUGGCCAACCUGUCCGCACUCCUCGAGCCGACUCCCACGACUCGGGCGGCCAUGGACGCCAUCGCGCAGUCCUCCGCCUAAACCUGCGGCGCCUCGGAAGGCCCCGAGGGCUGGAACGGGGAAAAGCUCAGCGACUUGAGCGUUGCGUAGUUUUCUGUAGUGUCGUGUCAGGCCAAUUGGCAUUGUUCGAACUAUAUCAUUCUCUGUUUCAAGGGCACUUCGAUGUUCCUGUCGCUUUCAGCGCGUCCUCUGUGGGCCAGAGGGCAAGUGUAGAGACGGUCAAGAAGGCCCCAAGGCGGCCCGAACGCGCUCCAAGAGAGUCCACGACCGCCCGAGAGCAUUACAAGCCCCCAACGACGCCCAAGACCGCAUCUGCAGCAUGCGUCCGUCCAAGAGGCCCAAAGAACGCCGAAGGAUGGCUGGAGGUGGCUCGAAAGCUCUUCAGUAAUGAAGGCAAAGUCAUCGAACUUGAGGCCUUGCCAGUGCGACCAGGAGGGUUUUUGUGUACGUGCUCCGCCAACUGGCGUGACAGCGCGUGCAUGACAUAGCGAGGCUGCGGCAAAUCCUUUCUCCGUCCUUUAUAUAUCUUCGCCACCAGGCGUGGCAGCGCGUGCACAGGCAUUUUCCCCUGAGUCUUCUGGCAUUUUGAACGACAAUGUGACAACGGUGAUGGCGAAAAUUGCUCCCAAGAGUGAUCGGUGCUUUGAUUGACCUGUUUCUUUCUCCCAUUACUCCUGCCUGUUAGAGGUGGAUGAUCUGAUUAGGUACAUAACGCGAAGCGCAAAUGCAGUUUUAAACAUAAAUAUCUAUACACGUAGUCCGCUCGGGCGCUUUCCUGGCUCACAGUCAGGCGGCCUGUUUUGCUGUGAUCGGUAUGCUUGGCACGCCCGAUCUCCCUCAAGGCCAGCUCGUUCUCGGUGACAGGGGCCGCCAAAGCAUGAGCUUUGACCAGGACCCGUGCAGGCGCACAGCUGCUGCAUUCCUGUCAUGUCACCACGAGGGCGCCAGCGGCGCGCUUCCCUCGGACACGCGCCAAAGGGAGAGGGGGGCAGGCCUCUUAGAAGCGCCCCUGGUUCUUGGAAGGCCAGGGCCCUGUCUAAAAAUGCAAGGGCUGGCGCCUUGUGAGGAGCAGCCUCCUUCCAAGAAGCCCGCCCCCCUCCCCCAUACCACCCUCUGCGCGCCGCCAAUUCCCACCUAGGAGGAGGAGGCAGGGAACGAAGAUGGCCGAGGAGGAGGAGGGGCUGCUCGGCACAACUUUGCCGCUGGCCCUACACUAGUACCUUCGCCGCGGCCCGCACUGAAGUUCGUCGGCGGCGGGUGUCUGCGUUGCGCUAGUGUUCUGAACUGCUCGGCCUUUGCAGGAGAAGGAAGAGUUC